UAGCCUACUGGGGCACGAAGCAAUGAACAGCAUGGCUGUAUUGCGGCGGUGUUGCCGCAUCUCCCUCCUCUGUUCAUCGACUAGUAUUAGGCCCCAGCAAUGGACGAGGACGACGCCUGAGUCCUCACGCCCUUCUUCGUUUCUUCGUUUUCUGUUUUGGUUUCCGAUAAAACCAACCUCUCCUUUUUCUUCCUCUGCCACUCUUCGGUUUCUAAACACUAGCAGCUCUUACAAUGAGAAAAAUUGUGAUGGUGGGGAUGACGAUGAUGAUGAAGACCCAGAUGAAGAUGAGAUGUUGGAAGAUGGAGAAACUACUGAUGGAUGGGAAGAGGAGGAGGAUGUUGAGCCUGAGUUUGGUGAUGGAGGGGAUGGGGGUGGAGUUGUAUUGGGAGAUGUUCCAUGGGGCGAGAAGGUUUUAUCUGUCGCUCGUGAGGUCCUGCUAAAUUUCAGUGAUAUGAAUCUUUAUGCAUUCAAGGUUUCUCCUCGGGGAUACAUUUAUGUAAGAAUGGAUAAGCUCUCAGACAAAUAUGGGUGUCCAAGUAUGGAAGAACUGGAAAGUUACAGUUGUCUUUACAAAAAAAAAGUGGAAGAGAUGGGACAAUCUGGAGAUAUACCUGAUGAUUUGGGCCUUGAGGUAUCUUCCCCAGGAGCAGAACGGCUGCUUAAAGUUCCAGAUGACUUGGAUCGGUUCAAAGACAUGCCUGUGAGAGUAUGCUAUGUAGAAGGUAUAGCUCCCAAAUGCCAACAGAAGGAUGGAUUGUUCUUGCUGGAGUCUAUUGAAACUGACGCGGAGCAUUGCGUAUGGAAAUUGGCAGAUGUAAAAGAGAAUAGAGGAUUCCUAGGUAAAGGAAGACCAUUAAGCCGCAAGCAGAAGGAUUGGAGAUUAAGGCUACCAUUUGCUAUGAUGAGAAGGGUAACAUUGUAUAUAGAAUACUAGCUAGUGUCUGCUUUUUUGCUGUCUUGCAUGUGAGAGGAUGAAACAAGCUUUAGAAUGCAGUAAUGAAAUAAUUUUGGACAGGAUGUUAGUGUACUGGAUACUCUAUAUGGAACUUGAGCUUUGGGAACUA